AUGAAUUUAAAACUUGAUUUAUAAGGAUGGUAAGAUUAUGUCCAAACUCCAAAUACUAAUUAAUUAAAACUUUUGAGUGAUUCACUUAACAAUUAUUAAGAAUAACUUAAACCUAAAUAGAAUCCUUUCAAUAAAUGUAUUACACAACAAUCCUAAUCUCCUAAAUAAAGAUAACUCUAAAAAUCACCAUUUGCUGAAUAUCGUAAACAAUUCAAUAUCAAGAGAUAAGCAUCACCAUUUUUUAGAGAACAUCAGUUUAAUUUUAGUUAAGAUAACAAAUAAGAAUUUCAUCGAAAUUUUAAUAAUCCUCAUUAAAAUAAAAAUCAAAAAUAAAGUCUAAUCUUCCAAAGAUCAUAAAGAUAACAAUUAAGAACAAAAUUAAUGAUGAUAUCCAAAGAUUUAAAUAAUUCUUAAAUUUAUCAUAUUAUUUAAUUAAUAAAUAAAUGA